CACAAAAUGAACCCACCAAGAUUGGUUGCUUGGAAAAGCGAGGAAGACCUUAUAAAACUCAGGCAUUGGUUCUACGACUUUAACGAGCAUCUGGAUAACCGCAAAUUAGCCAUAAACUAUGUUAACAUUUUGAGAUCAAGAAACCGAUUACCACAUUCAAUCGAAUCGACUUCUCAACUAACUGCAUCAAUUAUAACCGAUAGUAUUAGCUUAAAUGGCAGUGAUGCUUACAAUUAUCAUGCCAAUGCCAUAACUUCAGUCAAAUUAUCAUAUUCCAUGGCGUUGAUAAGAUUUGUCAAUGGUAUUUUAGAUCCUCUACAGCAGUCUGUUUAUGCUAUACCUUUGUCAACAUUGGCGAGACAUCAAAAGUUACCUCAAUUUUUUGUAGAAAUUAGACAUAUGUCAACUCAUGAAACACUACCUGAUAUACAAUUAUUAAGAGAUAUAACUCAAAAGGCGUUGGCUUGGUUAUAUGACAAUUAUUGGUGCUUUUGUGGUGUUAAAAACACCGAGAAUAAGUCAAAUAAUGAUGCUGAUAACAAUAAAAAUAAUAAUAAUAAUCUAGUAAAGGAAGAUCCUGUAGUUAAGAUUAAUGAUAAUUAUAUUAAGCAAAUUAAUAGCUUGAAGCAAAAUUUAAAACUUUACAAAUCUUUUAAAAAGGAAAAUCUAUUAAAAGUAGUUAAAAUCGGAGAUAAUUCAACCUCAGCUAAAAAUUAUUGGAAUAAUUUAAACAAUAUUUUAAUAUUCACAAAUUCAAAAGAAUUACUGAUCAAAAAUCAAUUUGUAUUAAUGAAUUUAUUGAUUUUUAAAAACAUAUUAAUUCCAAAUAAAUCAUUGUAUAAAAAAAAGAAAAUAAUUCCAUUUAGUCAGAUAAAACUAUUGAAUUUAAACUUUUUGGAAUUUUUAUUUAAUAAUAAAAAAUUAAAUGGUAAUUUUAAUUUCUUUAAUAAUUUCUUUAAAUUUAUUUUAAUUAAAAUCGAGACAUUUAAACUUUCAAUACAUUUAAACAAUCAAUUGACUCUAUUUAAAAAGUUUUUUAAAAAGAUUGAUUUUGAAAGUAAUAAAGUGACUGCAGUUGAUGAACUUUUUGGAAACAAUGCGCCAAUUGAAAUUCUUGAUUUCAAAUUCAAUUCAGUUGCAGAAGUAAACUAUUCAUUGAAAUAUUUGAAGUUUUUUUUAAGCAACAUCCAAUCGGACUCCAAUUUCAAGAAAAACUAUUAUUCUAACUAUAUCAACAUAAAUAACAGCAAUGGCAAUGACCUAAUAGCUAAGUCUAAAUUCUGGAUUGAUUUGGAUGAAAUUUUAUCUUUUUUACAAGAAUAUGAAACCUCUUAUAAUCAAGACCUUUUGAAUCAUAUUAAAUCCGAAAUAGUGUCAUCUCAAAAAAGCAGCAACAAAGCUGCAAAAACCAAUAAAAAUUUAAUAGAAAAAAUCGAUGCGAUUAUAAACAUGCAAUCAUUGAAAAGCAUACCGAAUAAAAGAUUGUCCUCUGAAAUGGAUUAUGCAGAUGCAAAUGAAGAUGGCAAAAUCAAAUUGGAACAAAAUCAAGAAGCAAAAAAGGCCAAUAAUGAUACUGAAGAUAACUUUGAAAAGGAUUUGCAAAAUUUAAGAAAAAGAAUCAAGCUAAUCGCAUCUGAUUCGCUAACCGAAGAAACCAACCAAGAAAACGAAAACAAAGAAAACAGCAAAAGCACGGCAGAGUUCUUUUUGGAGUUGCACGAAAAUUGGCAGAUCACUCCCUUUGGAGUCACAAUAUAGUAGCCAAUAUUAGCAGCUAAUUGUAGGAGAAACACAGGUUCCAGCAAAAAAGCUUCAGAAACCUCAGAAGAACCUGAGAAAAACAGUGCCAGCAUUGUUCCAACAGCUCGGGAUUUGGUGUUGCGCAUAUUUAUGUAUAUAGAUGAGUAUAUGCACAGUUUCAUGCGUUUUUCAGCAUCAGGAAUGUGGAUAAAGAAGUCCCCAGUUUUUGGCGACGUAUGUUUUUUCGAUUAGGCUAAAAGUAAACAAG